AUGAAGAAGGAAAAUAGAUACUCUUUAGACUUUCUCACAAGAAAGUCCAAGCUCAGAAGCAACUCUAGAUCAAGGCAGCUUGACUCUCAAAAUCCAGUCUUCAGCGUAGUCAGCAGCUGUGUUGGCUCCCCAAGGAGAUUUAUUGAAGAUUACUCAAAUUUCAACUUUGACUAUCAGUCUUACCUGACUCUUUGUAAUAAUAAAACAAUUUCGCCUUCCCCACAAGUUUCAGAUAGAAAAUCAGGGAUUCCUAAAAUGCUCCAAACAAGUUUUCAUAAGAAAAAUUCGCGUGGAGCAUCAACCUCUGCACUUCAUCAGCCAAUGGGUAAUGAUGAUUUUUUAAAGACUUUUCACAAUAAUAAAGGAAAACUGGAUAAAUGAAUCAAAUCGACUUAUAAGAAUAUGAUAAUAAAAAAAGAAGCUGAAGAGAUUAGAAGAAAAGUGCAAAGGCUGAAAACUGAGCUAGCAAGUUCUUCAAAAAUAAAAUAUGAUAGAUUACCAACUCAAGAAAGCAAAAAUUGCACAAAUAUUUAUUAUGAGAGAAGCCCAAGCCCUUUGAAGAAAAAUUUUAGUAGCCAGAAAAUUAAAUGUGAUUUGCAUAGACAAAAUUUUCAACCCAAAAUACCAAAUAAUUCAAAAUCUAAAAUAUCACUAAGCCACUUAAGGAAAUAUUUUUUAAUUGAACCAAAAAAACCAUUCAGAUUUUAA